AUGCUGCAGUGUACAUCAUGUGCGCGGCAGGCGCUGCGCGCGACGGCACUCGUGCUCAACUUUUUCCCGCUUGGGUACACGUGUGGUCCAAAGAAUAAGCAGGUGUUCUUCCCUCCGAACAACCUGGAUGGGCGGACAACGCAUCAGAUGAAGAAACUGCAGGGAUCGACGGACAAGCACCCUGGCCUGGUGCCACGCGACAAGCUGAAACUCCAUUGCGAGUUCUGCCGGUUUCAUUGGAUUCAGGACACGCUCGUCGUGCGCUGCCCAGCACAUCCCAAGGAGCACAAUCAGCGGGAAAUAUGGCUAGAGCCGACCUGGACAUGGGGAAAGCAACAACCGUACCAGUAUUACAAGUAUAUGCCCGUGAACAUUAACCCGCGGACGGGAAUGCAUCUUGCACGCGAGGACGCCAAGGGGAUGAACAACGAGCGUCGGUCACAGGGCCUGCCAACCAAGACUCGUCUCUUGGAGCGGGAACGGCGAGGCAUAUCGAGAGCCAUCACAGGGUUAGGGAUAUACAAUCAGCGCUGGGAGACGCGCUUCCCGUUUGCGACGUGA